UGGUCUUCUUCACAUACACUUCCCAUAUUUGCAUUCUGCAUUGUUGUGCACUGUAACGAGUUCAAUAUGAGAAUUAUACUUUUGUGUGGUCUGGUGAGCGUUAUCUCUGCGGACAUACCGCCAUCCAAUACCUAUGGAGCCCCAAACGGAGGGUUCUCAAACGGCUUCGGCUUUGGAGCUCUCAACGGAGCCUCAAACAACGGUUUUGGUGCCCCAAGUAAUGGUUACUCUGCACCAAGCAACACCUAUGGAUUGCCUAACGGCGCCUACGGAGUAGACCCUGAGAUUGCCGCUUUGGCCGAGAACAUUCCCGGGGGCGGCGUCCCCGGCGAGGACUACCCCAUCUUGGCUUCCGUGCCCGACACCGGCUUCUCGUGCGAUGCCGUAGCGGUGCAAGGUUAUUACGCCGACACUGCAGCUGAAGCCGGCUGCCAGGUGUUCCAUAUCUGCCAGGACCGCGCCCUCAGGCGCCAACAGGACUCGUUCCUGUGCCCCAACGGUACCAUCUUCAACCAGCAGUACCUGGUAUGUGACUGGUGGUUCAACGUGGACUGUUCUCAAGCUGAGAGCUUCUACUCCGUCAACGAACUCAUCGGAGUCGUUCCCGACGCCGGUUAUGCUUAUGCUGCCGCCACCAACGGCAUCCUCAACGGAAACGGAAACGGAUAUGGAGCCAACGGCAACGGAGCCAACGGAAACGGAAGGAACGGAGCUAAUGGAUACGCUUCCAAUGGCAACGGAAGGAAUGGCAACGGAGCCACCAAUGGAAACGGAUAUCGCUCAAACGGCAACGGCAACGGCGCUAAUGGCUUCAAUGGCAAUGGCAGGAACGGCUAUGCUUCUAAUGGCAACGGCAACGGAGUCUCCAAUGGCAAUGGCAGGAACGGCUAUGCUUCUAAUGGCAAUGGAGCGAACGGUGUCAAUGGAAAUGGUUUCAACGGCAAUGGAUAUAGAUCCAAUGGCAACGGUAAUGGAAGGAAUGGCAAUGGAAAUGGUAACAGGUACAAUGGCAAUGGAAAUGGUAACAGGUACAAUGGCAAUGGUCUGCGAACAAAUGGAAAUGGAAGGAACGGCAACGGUAAUGGAAGCGGAUAUAAUGGCAAUGGCUUCAAUGGUAACGGAAAUGGCAAUGGGAGAAGCGCCUCCAACGGCAAUGGCAACGGAUAUAACGGCAAUGGCUUCAAUGGCAACGGAAACGGAAACGGAGCUGCCGCUCCGUCUGCCUCCUAUGGCGCUCCUUUCUAAACGGACCCUCGUUCACAUCCUAAACUGGCUUUCCUCAGUAAACGCAUGUAUAUUUCAGUGCUUAAUAGAUAUUCUAUAUUUUUGCAAGA